UUGCACUCCCCACCUCAUCAUCCUUCGAAUGCCUUUCGUUGAACAAAGUCCGUGGGUCCUGAAAGCUGUACAUAUUCACCAUGAGGCUCCCGUAUUCGCUCCUAGGCCUAGUCGGCGCCAGCACAGCCGUUUUACAGCCAAACUUUACAUCACCAGCGGGCGUAGAAAUCUACAACCCAUCAACAUUCUUUAACACCACGGGACCCUGGAGUUUGAUGUCUAAGGCUGGGAAUACAUUAUACAUAGCCGGCAUGCGUGGUAUCUAUCGGUCGAAUAGCACUCUUGCUCCCACAGGCCAGGCGCGUAUUCAGGUAGCCUACGAUAACAUGAUCGCUCUCGCGGAAUUGGCUGGUACAGAUCGCUUCUCCUGCACGCGGCUGGUCGUGUACACCACGGAUAUGUAUAGGUAUCGUCCGCUGUGCAACCAGGUCCAGAUCGCCUUGUGGGGUGAUGAUCCGAACAGGUAUCCGCCGAGGACUAUUGUGGAGGUUGACCGGUUGAACGAAGACGAUAUUGUAGAGGUAGAAGGUACUUUCUGGGUUCCAUAGGUGGCCUGCUCCAUAUGGCGCCCUGUGUAGUUAUGAGAGCAAGCUUGGAUCCAGGUAGGGCGGAAUGGUUCUUGAGUGCCUGUAUACCUAGGUAAUUGGCGUUAUUCAGACUUGUCUUAACACUAUUGUGGCCACAUCGGGC